AUGGAUAAAAAUGUGACUAAACAAACAAAAACACAAAUCCACAAUUUAACUGAUAAAUACGGUGAAAAUGCCGCUGAGGCAUUGAAAGACCCCAAUUGGCACUGUCCAGUUUGUAGGGGGAUAUGCAACUGUUCUUUUUGUAGAGCUAAGGAAGGAAAAAGGCCGACCGGUAUUUUGACUCCGAUGGCGCAUCAAAACGGUCAUAAGUCUGUCAAAGAUUUCUUGGAAAGUUUGAACGGCAAAGGUGAUUAUAUUGAAGAAGAAGACGACUCAGAUAAUUUGCUUGGCUUUACGAAGGAUUUGAAAAACGCUCAAAUGGGUGGAGGAGUCCUACACAAUUUGGAAUGCCAAUUAGAUCUCUUGGUAAUCCAAAAAUUGUGUGAGAAACUCGAAAAUCAUGAUAGUUUCAGAUAGAUUUUUUUAAAAUGUGAAUGCUCAAUAAUUAUUUGAAUUCUGCAUUGACACAAAAAAAAAUUGAGACUAGAGGAGAAAUUCCAUGACGAUUAAUCCAAUGUAAGAAUAAAAAUGUUUUUUUUUGUGAAACUAUACAGUAUCGGCUACAAAAAUACUUUA